UAUGUAUAUAAGCCAAUGUAUAAUUUCCUUCCUAUAAUUGAUGCCGUCUAUUUUGUAGCUAUCUAUGUUAUGCAGAACGAUACAGUCCUACCAUAUAACCCCAUUCCAAAAACUAACAAGACAAAAGAACAAGUUGUGGAUGUCACCCAAACUACUCAGUCCAACUCGGGUACAAUAAUCACGGUGAGUGUCCAGUGUGGUGUGGUCACUGUGUAUGGUGCGUAUAACAACAGUCAGCCUAGUUUGGCCAGUUACGACUACAUGACCAGUGCAACUGACAUGAAACCGGGUAAUUUAUACCUAGUUAAACAAACAUUAUCCUCUACGUUAUACCUGACGAUAAUUUCCAGGAGACGAUUUGAUCUCAAAAUCUCGGCUUGCAACAAUCCUCAAUACAACGUCAGUUUCGAUGCAACAGAUCCCACUAUAAGAGUGACCUGCCGUCAAAAUAACAAAGAAGUAUUAUGUAGCUCCGAUGAUCUGAAAGACAUACUCGGAAAAAAUAUACCAUAUCCAUGCACGAAGGAAAAUCGCAUAAAGGGGCUAUACGUUUUCCCCUACCCUAACAAACCUGAGAAGUACCUUGAAUGUGGCUCCCAAGGGAAGCUGACCAUCGUCUUGUGUCCGAAAAAUCAAACUUUUGAUGCAACACUGAAGACAUGUAAACACACUGUGACGGCGCCGGCCCUACCAGGCAUCGCUCUGAAGCCCUAUCCUUGCAUCAUUUUCUCUCGGAAAUAUCAUUUUACUCACCCGACGGAUAUUUCAAAAUUCAUACUCUGUGAUCUAAGGGGCAAGGGUCGCGUGGUAGAUUGUCCGGAAACACUAUACUGGCAUCCAGGCAUUGUGGGAUGUGUCUUUACUCCAUUCAGUCAUGUUUGUGGUGCUAACACUUCAGGAAUGCUUCAACCUCACCCAUUCAGUCGUUCCCAUUUCAUAGUGUGUGGCAGCUGCACAAAUUAUCAAAUAAGGAAAUGCGAAUACAACAAAAAAUGGAAUCAAAGCCUGAGCAAAUGUGUUUAUACUUCACCGUUUUGAAUGAAGAAUGGAAUUUCUUAAAUCUCUUUUGAUAGAAUUUUAAUGAAUUUUAAUGAAUAAAUAAUUUGCCACACUUUCUUCUCAUUUUCGAAUUAUGCUAUGAAAGAUCAGUUGUGCUUCUAGAGGACUAAACUAGCACACACACACACACACAAACAUACCUGCACACACAAACGUACUUGCACACAUGAACGUACACACAUACACACACACACACAUGUACAUAAACACACAUUCAUGCAUAUACAUACACAGGUACAUAUACGCACACACAUGCAUACACACAAACACACAUAUGCAUACCCUUACAUAUAUACACAUCAGAAGCAGAAAUUAUUGUUUCUUUCUUUUCGUCUUUUACAGCCCAACACAACAAAUCCCUCUAAUUACUUAAUUAAGCAAUAAAGAUUUUAUACACUGCUUUCAAUUAAUCACUAAUAAGCCCCCUCCUAAUUACAACUACGUAUAUUUCAUGAUUAUAUUUUUAUAUGCUUUUAUGUAAUUUUACUCAAUUUCGUUGCAA